AUGGGAUACUCUAUCGUUUUAGUCGAGUUUCUUGAAGCUUGCCCAGAAUGCACCGAAGAUAUGACGGCAAUAAAAAUGCUGUUAGAUGCCCAAGUUUGGUUAUCUGUAAGAGAUACGAACUCGGAAGGUUUGACAGCUCUAGAAAUCAUACAGAAGGUUGAAGGACAAGGCAUGAACAUCAACAUGAGUGGCGAAAAUGAAACCAAGAUUAAGAAGCUGAAAGGGAAUGUUAAGAUUUCUGCUUCAAGGAAAGCAACGAUAUCAGGAAACCGGGCGAGGAACAGCUUGUCGGUUGACAAGAUCAACACAAUGCUGGUGAUUAUGGCACAGGUUAUAACAGCAACCUACCAAUCAGCGUUAAGCCCACCUGGAGGUGUUUGGCAAGGCGAGGGCAGGGGUUCAUCCACCACCAAUGUCGCUUCAGGCAUCAGUACUACGAAUCACUUCUUCCCUGAUUACACUGAACACAUUCCCAUGUUCAAGGAAUCGAGAGAAGUCGGUACAUCGAUCGUGAAUCCGCUGUGUUAUGCUCUGCUUUGGGUUUUGAACCUUUUCCUUCUGUCUUCGAUUCAAUUCGCGACAUUACUCCUCUCAGGGUUUCGACUUUUUAUUUACACUGCCAUCCCGCUUUAUUUCUUGGUAAUGCUUACUUCUGCUCCAUGA